GGAGGAGAAGAGGAGCUGAGCAAGAAAGGAGGAGGGAAGAAGAAGUUCAUUACGAGAGAGCAAGAGCCUGAACAGUAUUGGCAGACAGCAGGAGAAAGAGAAGGAGAGAAUCCAAUGAAAACACCUCUGCCUUAUAUAAUCAUAUUUGAUUUCUUUUUGCCAAUACCAUGAAGCCGGACAUGAAUUUAUUGGGCCGUUGGGACACAAAAUGGGCCGCCACUGAUUUUCAAAUUAAAAUCCCAACUUGCAACUGGAUUUGUUUUCUAGGAAGAUGUCGCAGAAGUUACAACAGCUGUUGUGUAAUAAAAUAUUCACAAUACAAUUUCUGUUACUUAUCAAAUAAUGCAUUCAUUUCAUACUUAAGCAAUUUGGUAAGUGCAUUCCUAUUUAGGGAAAGGAGAAACAAUGAGUACUAUUAUAAUUAAUUAUUUAUUUAUUUUAUAAAUAUAUAUAUAUAUCUAAUGGUGAAUGGUGAAUGGAAAAGGGCACGUGGAGGGUAAGUGAUGUGCUGAGAGAGUGGCACAUGGCAUCUCUCAUUCCCAUGGAGUUUUUUGAUGUUUUUAAGAGGGAGAGAAUAUGAGAAUCCUCACUUGAGGUCCGGUCCGGUCAGGUCAGUCAGGUCAGGACCACUCUUUGGGACUCACCACUGCCCUAUUUUAAUCUCCACUAUCAGGCUUGGGAAUUGGAUCCCAUCCAAUAUUAAUGAAUUAAGUGUUAUUUCCUUAAUAUCACCCCUACCAUGAAUAUGCAUAUAUGUAAGAAAAUGCAUGGAUCAUUUAGGCUGAGAUCAUCAUCACAUAUAUUGAUAUAAUAAUAAUAAUAAUUUAAUAUAAUGUUUAUGUGUAUACAAACUUACAAGCGAGUUCCCACUGUAUAUAUACAAACAAAAACUGGAACCCCUUUUCGGCGAAACCGAUGAGUAAUUUCAUCUUCUCAGGAUUCUUGUAUUUAUAUAAUUUUAGGGUUUUCAGACUUUGACCCUUUCUUUAAUUUUAUUGUUAUUAUAUAUAGUAGUAUUUUUUCUUGGCAAAAAGCUUCUCCUUUAAUUCCCCCACCCUUUUCGAUUUCCCUUUUUAUUUUGUUUUCCUUUCUCUUAUCUACUCAUCAUUAUUCAUCAUCGUCAUCUAUGGCACAUUAUAAUUUCAAAUUUCCUCAACCCUAACUGGUUUUUGCUUUUCCUUCUCCUGAGCUCAUGAGUUAGCUCAGACAACCUUAGCCAAAGCGAUCAAUCCUCAAAUCCUUACCCUAAUCCUGGGUUAGGGUUAAUCAAUCAUUGCUGCAUUUUCUUUGGUAAAAAGUGAAGCACCAUUAAUGGCCUCCGGUGUCUGUUUUUCCCAGGGCUCAAAAACCUGGAUUGCUCUUCUUGUUCCAGUAGUAGCUGUAUUUGCAAGGCUGUCGUCUUCCUUCCAUGGCCUCCUCUUACCAUUUUCACUCCUCAUCAUUUUCUCUACUCUAAUUUGCCUCUCCACAGUCCUCCUCAAGCCCAAAACCCAAACCCUAAUUUCAAAACCCGCCGCAGCGUCUCCACCGUCCGAUCAUCAUCAUCAUCGUCAUCUCCAGCUUCAUCUUGAUCAUCGUCCUCCUGACGCAGAAUUAAUGGAAGCUGUGAAAGAAAAUCCGCAGGCGGUGAGGAGAGCGAGAGCAUUAAUUCAGGAUUUGUACUCGGAGAGCGACAGAUGCUCCUGCAGCACGUCCAGCGAGGACCACUCUUCCGAUACGGAAUGGCCGUACAACAACCUGCGACGGCACGAAGGCGGCGGAGGAGCAGUCGACUGCUCCGAUGACGACGACGAUGAUGAAGAUAGCCUGUUCGAGAUCGCCAUUCCCAGUGGCUUGUCUCUUUACCCUUCCCAAAAGUGCAAGGAUUCUUCCAUGGCGGACAUCAACGACAACGACGACGACGACAACUUGAUUGAGAUCGACAUCAACAUCGGAUCCAUCAAGUACUGUUCUUCCUUCGACACUUACUAAACUCGAUCGUUGUCUCAAACAAAAACAAAAAACAAAUUACAAUUAAUUAAGAGAAAAGAAGAAAUAUAAUUAGCCUGAGCUUUGAAGAUUAAUUAUAUUGUCCUGUAAUUUUUUGAUCCUUUUGGUGGAUUUUAUUUGUGCGGAUGAUAUAUAUAUCUGAUCA